AAUUCUCUCACACUGAAACAUUCAGUCUCGAUUCUCGUCUCAACUAAAUUCCAAAGCACUACCCAGCUUUACAUCAAUCGUAAUCGCAAAGCUCAGCUCAAUGUGUUCGUUAUUUUUCCUAGAUCCCUCUCUUUCGAUUAGGAAUGUGUUUUGUCAGGAGAGCUCAGUUAUCACUCCUGAGUCCUGAGCGAUUACUGAGUCAGGUCGAGUCGGAUGUUAGGGUUCUUCGAAUCUGAUGGAAGGAAUAAUAAAUAAGUAUCAGCAGAAAUUCAAAAAGCUCAAAGAAGAAAUGAAUCGAUGGGAUGACCUUCAACCGCACUUAAUUGUUCAGUUUAGAAAUGCUUCUUCAAUCAUUGAGAGGUUACAGGUUGUUCAAGAUCCUAAAAACUACUCAUGUUUGAAUUCCGUAGGUGGGAUUCAAGCUGCUGUAUUGACGAAACAAAUGGAAUCCUUGCAGAUUAUUUUGCCUUCAAUGGAAAAAGCAUUGGAAGAGUUUCGAGGAAUUGUUUUGUCUAUUGAGAAGUUAUAUCGUGAUGGUAGACAGCUAGUUAAAGGGGGCUCUAAUCAACUAACAGUGAAACAACUGCAGCAAAGAGUUGGUGUUAAGCCAUGUCUUGCAGAUUGUUUAGAUGGGCUUAUGAUUCUUCAUGACAUGCAUUACUCAGAGUAUCUUCUGAAAUCAUCAUUGUUUUCAGUUCUUUCAGAAUUGGCCCUGCAACCCAGUACAAGUGAUCUGGGUGCACUGCAGCAACUCUUAGUCGAUCAGCCAAACAUCCCUAAAGAGGAAGUGCAAUCCAUCUUUGAGAUCAUAUUUGCAGAAGAGAUAAAUUAAUAUUCAUUAAGAGUAAAAUUAUAUGUACUGACUGAUCAAACUAAGUAAUCCAUACAAAUUGAUGAGGUAGCUUGUAAUUGGGUGAUUUUAAAGUAAGAAAAAAAAAAAUCAUAUCAUUCCAUCACAUAUCGUCACGUCAGUUUGUAUGAAUAAGUUAGUAAAAGUAUAUGUAAUUUUAUACAUUCAAUAAAGCUGCUGUCAAUCAAUCUUCCAUUCAUUGAAUACCUAUAUGUGGAGUAGAAUUGCAGUGCUUUUGAUUCUUUAUGAAAGUGAUGCUUGCAGCAGUGUGCUUAUUUAUUGCUGUAGAGGGUAUAGAAGAAUGCCUUUGAAGGAUCUUUGGGGUAAAGCAUUUUUGGCAAUCAUAAAGAGUUGCAGAAUUCUUCCAGUUGAAUUACUAUCAUGUUGUUGAAUGACUGGAUUCCUCUUGCUCUGGUCUUGUUGCCAAGUGUCUUUGUUGGGGACAUGACAUAGUGUACAAGUGCCUCCUUGAAACUUUCCUCUUCUCCUUCUGCAUCACGGUGACAGAAACUAUACUCUGUUCAAGUUCAAUUAUCAUGUACUUUACAGACUAUGGUUGAAACUUUUCAAUCUUUUCAUUUACCAAAAGACUUGUAAGAAAAUUUAUAAUGCUUCAGUUCUGGCACAAAUCAUUGCCUUUGACAAUAUACAUGAACUCCAAAGGCAUCCUCCCAGGGGUUAAUUAUUUGCAUAA